AUGGCCGCUGGGAUGGUUUUUCGUGGUGCUUCACGAGUCGGCACUGCUGUCUCUGCACAGCGCCCUACAAAAGCCGCAAUCGUUUUUCCUUUUGCUAGUUGUGGCAUGUUGGCCGGUCCAAUAUGCAUACAGGGACGAUUAUUUUAUCGUUCUUUCCCACUUCGACUGGAGUUCAAUCCAUCGAGGAAUCUGUAUAGCAUGGAGCACGCGUUUGAGGAGCCUACAUUUCGUUUUAUAUGUGAGGGGGAGGAUAUCGAUUAUAGAGAAGAGGUUCGGGCAGCUUUGCUUGAAGUGCUUGCCAAAAAACCGUCCAAUUUUGUUGGUCGGACAGAAGAAACAUGGAUGCAGGAGAAUUCGCCUCAACGUAGCGUGCAACUCCUCCGAGCUGUGGCCAAAAAGCAAUUGCUUUCGUUUGCACAAGUGAAAUCAACUCCCCGGUUGUUUUCUGCGUUCUUUGAUGUGCUAGCAUCAUGUAGCACUUCAUUGGCAUUAAUUGCUGCUGACCAUUUCACAUUUGCGGCGAUGAUUGCGAAGCAUGGGACGAAGGAGAUGCAGGAGGCAAUAUUAGAUGAUGUGGACACCUGUCGUGUCAUUGGCACAAUUGCCCACCGGGAACUUAUAGCGGAAGGUGUCCCGUUGAAUUCGGAGGCGCGGUACGACAAGGACGAGAAGUGUUUUGUGUUGAGAGGGGCGGGGAAGUUUGCCGUCGUGGGAGCAGGAUGCGC